AUGGCCCCCGCCAUUUCACUCCUCGCCAAGCCACGGCAAAGAGGCGUCCGUCCCUACCAGAGACACGGCCUCAUCUACUUCAUCUGCGGCAACCCGGGACUCGUCAAUUAUUACGCCGUCUUCCUAGAUUGCUUGCGCGGGAUGCUCGAUGCGGAUGACGAAGGCUCCGGUGGCACCGCCUAUGACAUAUAUGGGCGCAAUUUGUUGGGCUUCAGUGAUGAUGAUCAUGAGCCGUUCAGCGCCAGCAACGAGCCCUGGGAUCUCGAUGGCCAGAUUGACGGCAUAUAUCGCGAUGUUGCGUCCAGGACUGUCAUUCCCGACGAAGCUGGUGCCGAGGGCCAAGAGGGAGAGGCAGCGCGGCCAUAUGACUUUGUCGUCCUCAUGGGCCACUCGGUAGGCGCUUACAUCUCAGUCGAAAUCUUUCAUCGGCACAUGCAGGAUUCAUCUCGAGCGCCUCAUCUCAACCUCCGGCACGGCUUCCUGCUGUUUCCGACUCUCACCCACAUUGCCGACUCGCCCAAAGGGAGAAAUGUUGGUCUGGUAAUGAGCAUCCCCCGAUUGGAAAACAACGCACACAAUCUAGCAAACUUCAUCCUCAAUUGUAUUCCAUAUGCGUUUGUCUUGUGGAUCAUCAGACACGUCUUGGGUUUCACACCUCAGACAGCAGAGGUAACGGCCCGGUGGUUGAAGAGUCAAGGUGGCGUUUGGCAGGCGAUUCACCUUGGUCUCUCAGAGAUGCGCACCAUUUGCGAGGAAAAGUGGGAGGAAGAGCUCUGGGAGACGACGGCCGAAGACGAUGACAUCGAUACUUACAAUUACUACCACGGCAAAAGCAAAAUUUCUGCAAACGGAGAGUCUCAAGGCGGUGCCGAGACAUCACAGCAACAGAUUCCAAAGUUCUUCAUCUUCUACGGUAAAAAUGACCAUUGGGUGGCGAACCAUGUCCGGGAUGCGUUUAUCGAGAAGAGGAAGAGCGAAAAGGGACAUACCAAGAUACAAGUUGACGAGGGAGAUAUUCCACAUGCGUUUUGCGUCAAAGAGCGUGAGUUUUACACAAGCUGGGUAAUUGCGAAAAGGGUGUACGAGUGGGUGAAGGAGAUUGAAGACGGUCAACGAACAUUGUAG